AUGCUGGAGUUUGAACCCACUCCGCUGAUGGGUGGUUCCGGGGAAGCACACGUGGCUUCCCCGUCUCAGCCUCCCGUGGUCUUCCCUCAGCCACCUGUCCGGCCUGCAAGAGGCCCCACAAAGGACCUGUGGACACACCUCCUGCUGGCCGUGCCUCAUCUGCCCUCUGGGAUGGGGGCCCAGCCCUCCUGCAAGGUCCUGCUGUGUCCAUGGUGCAAGGAGGAGGGGCACACAGACCCUGUCACAGUCCCCGUGCCGCUGGGCACUCUGGAGGAGAUGCAUUGUGAGGAACACGGGGAGAAGGUAUGCUUCUUCUGCGGACAUGAUGCUCAGCUCCUGUGCACGCGCUGUCGAGAGGGCCCCUCCCACCACACCCACGCCGUGGGCUUCCUGGACGGGGCCUGCCAGCCCAACCAGGACGGUGUCAGGACUCAGUUGGAAGCCCUGAGGGUGGAGGGAGAAGAGAUUGAGGACAUAAAGAGUCGGGAAGACCAGAAGUUCCAAAUGCUUCUGACUCACAUCGAAAUCAGGAAGCAGCAGGUAGAAGCCGUGUUUGAGAAGUUGCAGCAGGAGCUGAGGGAACAGCGGGGCCUCCUGCUGGCCAGGCUGAGGGGGCUGGAGGUGCAGGUCUGCGAGGAGCGAGAAGACUACAUCUCCAAGUUCUCCGAGGAGGUUGCCAGGCACGGAGCCGAGGCCGAGGAGCUGGAGAACUGCCAGCAGCUGGCAAGUGUCCUGCUACAUGAUGUGGGCGUCAGCCAGAGCAGGUGUGAGAAGACUUUUGUGAGUCCAGAGACCAUUUCUCCUGCCCUUGUCAAGAAGAUCCGAGAUGUUCACAGGAAAAUCCUGCCCCUCCCAGAGAUGCUGAGGACCUUCUCAGAAAGCCUGGUGCAUCAUCUGGAAACAGACUCAGGGGCCGGGACCCGGGACCCUCCGGCCGCCAGCUGGAGCACGGCCCUCUCCGAGGACAGGAAGCCGACGAGGUUCACCCGGGACCGGCAGGACCUGCCUCACUGCCCCUGGAGCUCCGAGGGUGUCCCCUUGGCGCUCGGCUGCCCCGGCGGCACCUCCGGGCGCCCCCGCGGGCAUGUGCAAGUGCAGCCCAGAGCCCGCGGGUAGGCGGU